CAGAGCGUGCGCCCGCGGCCGGCGACAGCCCAAUUGCGAGGAGUGCUCGCCUUGCGCCUCCUCUUCCCCCGCCUCCUCGCCCCGAAAGGAGGACGGACCUGGUUCCCGGCCCCGGGCCGGUUUAUUCUGCGGCCGGGGAUUAUGUUUAUGUGCGGACGGUCCCGCUGUCGCCCAGGCCCCACUCGGCCACGGGCAUCGGAGGCAGGUUCUCCGAAUUACGGGUUUUAAUUGCACCUGCCUUGCAGAUUACCUCUGGGAAUCUGUGGGAGGAGCCGAGCGCGUGGGGAUGUUGCUUCGCUCUGCGAAAGGAGGAAAACUUUGUCACCCGGCAGGAGACCUCGGCCACGCGUAACCGGGCGGGCGCAGACCGGGCGCGGCGCUGGCGGAGCCCGCGUCGGCUGACUCCGGGGGCGCGCGGACUCGAGCCACCCGCUCCACCCUCCCGCCCGCGGAAGUGCCCACGAGUGGCUUCAGGGGGAAGGACAGUAACAGCGCGCGGCUCCAGUCCGACAGCAGCGGCCGGGGACAGAAGGCGAGGACCGAAUCCCGGGGACGAGUCACCCGGAAUUAACUUCUGCUUAGAGUUAUGGGAAGCGCGGCCAUGGACACCAAGAAGAAGAAAGAUGUUUCCAGCCCCGGCGGGAACGGCGGCAAGAAGAAUCCCAGCCAGAAGAGGCGUUCGCUGCGAGUGCACAUUCCGGACCUGAGCUCCUUCGCCAUGCCGCUCCUGGACGGGGACCUGGAGAGUUCGGAGAAACCUUCUCCGCGUAAGGUGGACAGCCCCGUCGGCUUGGGCAGCCCCUCCAAAGGGCUCUUCUCCAGGGGCCCCCAGGCGCGGCCCUCCAGCCCCGUGUCUGCUCCCGUGAGGCCCAAGACCAGCCCCGGCUCGCCCAAGACGGUGUUCCCGUUCUCCUACCAGGAGUCCCCGCCGCGCUCGCCCCGCCGCAUGAGCUUCAGCGGGAUCUUCCGCUCCUCCUCCAAAGAGUCUUCGCCCAGCUCCAACCCCUCUACCUCUCCCGGCGGCAUCAGGUUUUUCUCCCGCUCCAGAAAAAGCUCCGGCCUCUCUUCGUCUCCGUCGACGCCCACCCAAGUGACCAAGCAGCACACGUUUCCUCUCGAGUCCUACAAGCAUGAGCCCGAGCGGCUAGAAAAUCGCAUCUACGCCUCCCCGUCCCCUCCGGACACGGGCCAGCGGUUCCACCCGUCCUCCUUCCAGAGCCCGGCCAGGCCUCCGCCGGCCUCACCCCCGCACCAUGCGGCGCUGGCGGCGGCCCCGGGACCCGCGGAAGCCGGCAUGCUGGAGAAAUUGGAGUUCGAGGAAGAAGCAGUAGAAGACUCAGAAAGUGGUGUUUACAUGCGGUUCAUGAGGUCACACAAGUGUUAUGACAUCGUUCCCACCAGUUCAAAGCUUGUUGUCUUCGAUACUACAUUACAAGUUAAAAAGGCCUUCUUUGCCUUGGUAGCCAACGGUGUCCGAGCAGCCCCGCUGUGGGAGAGCAAAAAACAGAGUUUUGUAGGAAUGCUAACAAUUACAGAUUUCAUAAAUAUACUACAUAGAUACUAUAAAUCACCUAUGGUACAGAUUUAUGAAUUAGAGGAACAUAAGAUUGAAACAUGGAGGGAGCUUUAUUUACAAGAAACAUUUAAGCCUUUAGUGAAUAUAUCUCCAGAUGCAAGCCUCUUCGAUGCUGUAUACUCGUUGAUCAAAAAUAAAAUCCACAGAUUGCCAGUUAUUGACCCUAUCAGUGGGAAUGCACUUUAUAUACUUACCCACAAAAGAAUCCUCAAGUUCCUCCAGCUUUUUAUGUCUGAUAUGCCAAAGCCUGCCUUCAUGAAGCAGAACCUGGAUGAGCUUGGGAUUGGGACGUACCACAACAUUGCCUUCAUCCAUCCGGACACUCCCAUCAUCAAAGCCUUGAAUAUAUUCGUGGAGAGACGAAUAUCAGCGUUGCCUGUUGUGGAUGAGUCAGGAAAAGUUGUAGAUAUUUAUUCCAAAUUUGAUGUAAUUAAUCUUGCUGCUGAGAAAACGUACAAUAACCUGGACAUCACGGUGACCCAGGCCCUUCAGCACCGUUCACAGUAUUUUGAAGGUGUCGUGAAGUGCAAUAAGCUGGAAAUACUGGAGGCCAUCGUGGACAGGAUAGUGAGAGCCGAGGUCCAUCGGCUGGUGGUGGUAAAUGAGGCAGAUAGUAUUGUGGGCAUUAUCUCCCUGUCGGACAUUCUGCAAGCCCUGAUACUCACGCCAGCAGGUGCCAAACAAAAGGAGACGGAAACAGAAUGACCACCGUGAAUGUAGACGCCCUCAUAGGAGAACUUGAACAAAGUUUCUGGGUCACGUUUUGCCUCAUGAACACUGGCUGCAAUAGAAGAGAGUAAAAUGGUUAAGAAUGUAUAUCGGGGUUUAAUGAUGGGUAUUUUUUCCAGUGAUGUUAAAACUAAACUUAAAAAAGAAAGAUUUUAUGUGCUUGAAUAUUCAGGCUUGCAUUAAAAGACUGUUUUCAGACCUUUGUCUGAAUUAUUUUAAAUGCUGUAUGUCAUUAAAGUGCACUGUGUCCUGAAAUUUUUAUUAUUUUUCAUUUCGAAGAAUUCACUGGUGUGGGACAGGUGGUGUGACAUAAGGUGGGCGCACGGCGUGCUCGGAUCUCAGUGCCUUAUGUCCGGGGACAGCGAUACGCCGUCACCGCCCGCCCCAGCUGGAGCGCACACGUGCGGACCGCGCCGAGCUCGGAUGUGGACGUCUUUGAACCUUUUACCAAAUCAGUUUGUUUUUAUUAGAUUUGUCAAAAAGCCGUCAUUUGAAUAUAAGUAAUUACUUUUAAAACUUUAACGACACUUUUAUGUUUAAGUGUUCUGUUCUAGGCUACCAUGUAAACAGGGCUGCUUUACGACAGCUUUAUUUAUUUUUACGUUCAUGCAAUUUUUUACACAUCUUUUGGUGGGUGAACUUCACCGGAUCCAUUAAUAAACUCUUGGUUGUUAUUUUAAAAUGGCAGAUUUCUCACUACUUAAGUUUGGAUCUGGAAAGGAUAUGAUUUCUAAAAUAGCCACUGUUGGGUUUUAAAAGCGGAGGUUUCUGAGAACUUGUGGGGAGACAGGCUGUGGUCAGGAGGAAGCCAAGUGCCGGGAAGAUCUCUAUUUUUUUCUUGUGUAUUGAAAUGUAAAAUCAUGAUGUUUGUAUGAUUGCUGAUGCGAUUGUUUUUGUAAAUUUUAUUGUGGCAUAUACAGUAUUGUCAUAUGGUUGAAGAGAAACAAUGUUUCUUGAUGUAAGUGCUCUGAAAAUGUCGACACUGUAUAUAUAUAUAUGAGGAUAGUUUGAUUUUUGUUCUUUGGGUUUUUUUUUUUCAGAUUGAAAAAUUAAAAUAAAUCCUACUAUCUACCA